UUAAGUGUAGAGGACGGGAUCAACCAAGGGAAAGUUUACUUGUUUAUAUAUAUACGUAAGAUAUAUAGAUAUCAACUAGAUCUGUUGUCUACUUUCCUUCCCGCCUACGAAAACCCUUCUCACUCGUAUGAAAUAGCUAGCUAAAGCUUAGAAGAAGAUGAGGUUGUUAUAUCAUAAUUCCAUCCCAAUCAUCGUAAUCUUGUUAACCCUUCUACAUAUAGCCCCUGCAACAGCAACAGCCUCAUUCAUCAAGGAAAGAGUGUUCGAUUUUGAUAGCUUCCACGACAGCCACCGAUCAUCCCUCACCCCCUUGGGAACGGAUUCAUCCAGCAUCCAUGGCGGAGCUCUUCAGCUAACCCCCGAUACCACCAACGACGACAUGCUCGAAAUCCACUACAACAAGUCUGGUCGUAUUAUGUACAAUAAACCCUUCAGGCUUUGGUCCAACGACGACACUUUGGGUUCUUUCUCCACUGCCUUUCUCAUCAAUAUCUUCAGGGAGAAAAUCUGGACCCCCGGUCAUGGCCUUGCUUUUCUCAUUGCUCCCAAUAUUUCAGCCAUGCCGCGCAACAGUUUUGGUCAAUGGCUUGGUCUCACAAAUGCCUCCACCGAUGGUAGUCGAGACAACCACAUCGUGGCCAUCGAGUUUGAUACCCUAAGACAGCCAGAUUUCGAAACAGAUGGCAACCAUAUCGGGCUCGACAUCAACUCCGUGGAGUCCAAGAAAGUCGCUUCUCUCGAUGAAUAUAAUAUUACAUUAUCACCGAAUGAAGGCACCUAUUACUCAGUCUGGGUUGACUACAAUGGUACCUCGAAGAUGAUGGAGGUUUUCAUGGUGAAACAAGGGGAAGAUAAACCCUCCGAUCCCAUUCUCAGUGACAUCAUCGACCUGAAAGAAUACGUGAAACAAGAUUCCUACUUCGGUUUCUCUGGUUCAACAGGUUAUCCACAGAUCCAGCUGAAUUGCGUGUUGAAAUGGAGCUUGGACAUAGAUAUCCUGCCCAAGGAUGAAGGAGGGAAUUGGAUGAACAUUGGUCUCGCCAUAGGCGUCCCUUUGGUGACAAUCACGAUCUCGGUACUGGCCAUAGGCAUCGUAUGUAUUAUUAAGCACAGGAGGAGAAGAAGAAAAGGAUCGAUUGAAGGCGGGGAUGAUCGGUUCGGGAAGUUGAAAUGGUUGCCUGGGAUGCCGAGGGAGUUCAAGUACAAGGAGCUGAAGAAGGCGACCAAUAAGUUUGAUGAGAGCAUGAAGCUUGGGGAAGGUGGGUUUGGAAUAGUCUACAAAGGCGUCCUCCAUCUCCAUGACAACAAGAACAUGAAUAACAAUGUGAGUGGUAGAAGUAACAAUCACAAUCAGGACAUCCAAGUAGUGGCUGUCAAAAAGUUCUUACGGGACAGUAUCAAAGGCAAGGAUGAUUUCUUGGCUGAGCUCGCCAUCAUUCAUCGUCUCCGCCAUAAAAAUCUCGUCCGCUUAGUCGGUUGGUGCUACGAAAAAGGGAAGCUUCUACUAGUGUACGAUUUCAUGCCAAAUGGCAGCUUGGAUGAUCACCUCUAUGGGGAUUCCAGCCAUGGAACCCUGAAUUGGAGUCAUCGUUACAAGAUUCUAACCGGAAUUGCAUCAGCUUUGCAUUACUUGCACAAUGAGUAUGAUCAAAAGGUGGUGCAUCGAGACCUCAAGCCUAGCAACGUCUUGCUUGAUGUCGACUACAAUGCUCGGCUCGGUGAUUUUGGUCUCGCCCGUGCCCUUGAAAACGAAAGGCAUUCCUAUUCUGAGCUUGGAUUAGCUGGUGUCCCUGGUACGAUAGGAUAUGUUGCUCCAGAGUGCUUUCAUACAGGGAAAGCCACUGUUGAAUCCGACGUUUUCGGGUUCGGGGCAGUUGUGCUCGAAGUUGUUUGUGGCAGAAGUCCUGGAAUCAAAAUCCCACACCAGCAAGAUCUUUACACUUUAGUUGAUUGGGUUUGGAUGUUGCAUCGCGAAAGGACAAUCAUAGAAGCUGUCGACGAGCGCCUCAACAAUGAAUUCGAAGUUAAUGAAGCAAAGAGGUUGUUGCUGUUGGGGUUGGCAUGUUCACAUCCUACUGCUAGCGAAAGGCCUCAAACUCAAGACAUCUUCCAAAUUAUGAAUGGAACCUUGCCAGUCCCUCAUGUACCUCCAUUCAAACCAGUCUUUCAAUGGCCCUCUGGUGUUCCAUCACCUAUUAGCUCCAUUGACAAUUCGCUUUCCAGCUUGGCAUUGUCUUCACAAGAUAGUGCUGGAAUGUCAACAUCGCAGAAGAACUCGAUGCGUGCAUAGUUUAAACUCCUUCAGCUUUAUAUGAAUGUCUAGCCCACAAGGAUCAGCUAAAAGUAUUGACUUUAAUGAGCCCUGGAAAAUUUAAGGCAUUCCCAGUCAGAGCUUAGAUUCUCUAGGGUCCUCGAUACGAUACGAAAACAGAGUAGUACCUAAGAGAGGUACCAGCAACAAGAUCCCACAUUACAACAUCUUUGUAAUAGGUUGAUGUUGAAUAUUAAUUAAUCAUUUGUUUAUUAACAAGACGAUAAUGCUAUGAUUUUAAUCUGAGCUUACAUUUGUUAAUUAAA